AUGGCUAGCCAGACUACCGACGCCUCUGUCCCUGCGGACGCUGCGCCCAUCUCUCUGCCGGUCCGCUCGGAGAACUCUGCCGAGCCUCAGGGCGAGUCCAAGAACGCUGCCAAAAAGGCUGCAAAGGCCGCGAAGCUGGCUGCCGAUAAGGCGAACAAAGCGGGCAAGAAGGAAAAGGGGAUUGGCAAAGACGAGUCCAAGAAGGCCACCUCCAAGCCUGCCAAGAAGAAGAUUGAAAAUGCUGCCUUGAUCGGUAUUGAUGCCUCCAAGAGCGAGGAUUUCCCUAGCUGGUACCAACAGGUACUCACGAAAGGCGACAUGCUGGAUUAUUACGAUGUCUCGGGCUGCUUCAUCCUGAAGCCCGCUUCUUACUUCAUCUGGGAGGAGAUCCAGACGUGGUUUAAUUUGAGGAUCAAAAAAAUUGGGGUCAAGAAUUGUUCUUUCCCUCUGUUCGUGUCGGAGGAUGUGCUGCAGAAGGAGAAGGAUCACAUUGAGGGGUUCGCUGCUGAGGUUGCAUGGGUCACACAUGCUGGCUCGACCCCUCUUGAGAAAAAGAUUGCCAUCCGUCCCACCUCGGAAACGGUCAUGUACCCCUACUAUGCUAAAUGGAUAAGAAGUCAUCGAGACUUGCCAUUGAAGCUGAACCAGUGGAACUCGGUGGUGCGUUGGGAGUUCAAGCACCCCCAGCCCUUCCUGCGAACCCGCGAGUUCCUCUGGCAGGAAGGUCACACGGCCCAUCUGACUGAGAAAGCUGCUCGGGAGGAGGUUCGGCAGAUUCUCGACUACUACGCGAUGAUCUACGAGGAGCUCCUCGCUGUUCCCGUCGUCAAGGGCCAGAAGACCGACAAAGAGAAAUUCGCAGGAGGGCUUUACACUACAACGGUCGAAGGCUACAUCCCCGCCACUGGCCGUGGUAUCCAAGGUGGUACCUCCCACGGUUUGGGGACCAACUUCGCACGCAUGUUCGGUCUUACUGUCGAAGACCCCUCUGCUAAGCCUGGCGAGCAGAAGCCCCCUCUGUACGUCUGGCAGAACUCCUGGGGUCUGUCGACCCGUACAAUUGGUGUCAUGGUCAUGAUACAUAGCGACAACAACGGCCUGGUCCUGCCUCCUCGCGUGGCAGAGGUCCAGACCAUGAUCAUCCCCGUCGGCAUCACGGCCAAGACGAGCGAAGAGGACCGUCAGAAGCUUUAUGCCGAGGUGGAUGGCCUCGUUGCCGUUCUCGAGGCAGCUGGUGUUCGUGUCCUCAGCGACAAGAGCAGCAACUCCCCCGGCUGGAAGUUCAACCAGUACGAGCUGCGCGGUGUGCCCCUGCGCCUGGAAUUCGGCCCUGGCGAGUCGGCUGGCCACUUCGUCACCGCUGCGCGCCGUGAUAUUCUCGGAAAGGAGGGCAAGAGCUCGAUCCCGAUCCCCGAGCUGGCGACCGCGGUCCCUGCUCUGCUGGAGACAAUCCAGGCCGAUCUGUACAAGCGCGCCGAUGCAGAGUUCCGCGCUCACCGCAAGCAGAUCACCGACUGGGACUUGUUCACCCCUGCGCUGAAUGAGAAGAAUCUCCUUCUUAUUCCCUUCUGCGGAACUGAGCAAUGCGAGGAUCAGAUCAAGGAUAUGAGUGCCCGUAAGGCAGAGGAAGACUCUGGCGAGGCCGAGGACGCCAAGGCCCCCAGCAUGGGUGCCAAGUCGCUCUGCAUCCCCUUCGAGCAGCCCGAAGGGAUCGAGCCCGGUGUUACCAAAUGCCUCAACCCCAAGUGUGGUCGAUUGGCCGAAAAAUGGUGCAUGUUUGGUCGUUCCUACUAA